UCCAAUGCGUUAUCCACAUCCGACCCCGCUCCCUCUGACUGCUCCGUGAUACAAAACCAGCACCCCUGUCCAGUACUGCGCCAUCGCCAGUGACGUUAGCCCGGUGGUUAGAAGCUAGCCCACUGCUCAGGGCAUUAGUACCCCUGAAUCGCUUGUGCUCAAAAAAGGACGAUCUAAAGUAACAUAUUUGACCAAUUUUACCGAAAGCAAGACAUUUUACUCGUAAAGGUCGCGUAUAAUUCGCGAAGGGCGAAGGUCGAGACACCAGCCCAAACUGAGCCCAGCCCACAGUGUCAAACAUCAGACAGACGACAGCCCCGCACACAGACGCUAUGGAUCGUUCACCCACCACAGCCAGCCUGAUGGCCGCCAGCAAUGUCACCAACAAGACGGACCCGCGCUCCCUCAACUCCCGGGUCUUCAUCGGCAACCUCAAUACCCUGCUGGUCACCAAGGGCGACGUCGAGGCCAUCUUCUCCAAAUACGGCAAGAUCGUGGGCUGCUCCAUCCACAAAGGCUACGCCUUCGUCCAGUUCGCCAACGAGAGGAACGCCCGAUCUGCCGUUGACGGAGAGGACGGGAGGAUGAUUGUCGGACAAGUGCUUGACAUCAACCUGGCCGGAGAACCCAAACCACACAGGUCAAAAACAGGCAAACGCUCGGCUGGAGACAUGUACAGCAGUUCCUCAUUUGAACUCGACUAUGACUUUCAGAGAGAUUAUUAUGACCGAAUGUACUCGUACCCGUCCCGUGUGCCGGCCCCCCCUCCCCCCCCCUUGUCCCGGGCCGUGAUCCCGUCCAAGCGGCCGCGUGUCAGCCUGAGCGGAGGAAGCAGCCGGCGAACCAAGAGCAGCUUCACCUCUUCCUCCAAGAGGACUUCCUCCUCCAGAACCAUGAAAGUGGACGAGCUGCAGGCCAUCAAGCGGGAGUUGACCCAAAUCAAAAGCAAGGUGGACGACCUGCUGGAUAGCCUGGAGCGCAUGGAGAAGGACCACAGCAAGAAGUCAGAAGCUAAGAGCGUAAAAACGGAGCCAGGCGAGGUGACUUCACCUCCGCACCCAAGCAACAAGGAUGACGGGUCAAAGAGAGAGAGGGAGAGCCAGGUGAUCAACGACUCGGACGAGGACGAAGAGGACGAGGGAGACCUGCUGGAGGAGGAAGAGGAAGAGAUGAAGAGUCAAGAAAGGGAGGACGACAUGGACGAUGAGGAGGAGGAGGAGGAGGAGGAAGGCGAACACGUGGAAGGUGACGACGAUGGCGACAGUGUCAACGGCGAAGAGGUCUUGUAGGCAUGGACCGCACCGGCCACGCAUGCAAUAUACGCACAGCUUCCAUUAGGAACUCGGACUCCUGUUUUAACUCAUGUUGUAGAUACAUAAACACACACACGCAUGGUGCACACACACACACAUUGUUGUCCCAAAAGCCCAUUUGUGUUUGUUAUUUUGACCUGUUGUCCAGUGUUGCUGUACCAGGAAUAACUAGCUGUAGGUUUGGGUUUGUACUGCGUCGUUACUCAUCUUCACAAGGACACGGAAACAUGGACUUUUAUUGUUCUCAGAGACAACAGCUCGGCGGACAUGUCUUAACAUGAGGACGGACACCCAGCUACAAAAGACCAUUUUUAGGUUCAUUGUGUUUGUAUUUCCUCUCAUUCGUGAGUUUGUUUGACCUUGUGUGUCUGUAUGUUAAUGUCCGUUUUUUUUAUACUACUCAGUUUCAGUUUAACUGUAAAGAAAUAAAUUGCAAUAAAAUAUUAAAAUGGAAA